CGAAGUCGGGACCACCUUUCAGGAAAUAGGACCACUGAGUAGAAUGUAAACAGCUGACCGGACCCUGUCCGUACGCUACGCUACAUAUCCCAAAAUGAGAUGGGUGGGGUAAAUGACUAAUCAAAUCAAGUCAAAACCCUGAAACGGUCGAACCCCGGAAACAGCAGCCAUCAGAGCGCCUUGAAAACGGGAGCCUGUCACAGUAGUGUUCGCUGGCUGGCGGGCGUCGCAAAUGAAGUGCGAGCGUUGUUUUGCUCGCUAUUUGAGCGGACUUCAGCCUCUCUUAUUCCUCAGUCGUCACUCCCUCCUCUUUCACAUCACGUCAUUUCGUGAGAGGCAACCACCAAGACCGAGAGCAACAUGCCUCAGCAACAACCGAAGCCACAGACCAGGAGGACCUUUACCCAAAGGACCUUCACCAAAGCAAUCGCUGCGAGACCAUUCUACAAUAUCUACGGCGUCGACACCAGCAAGAAAUGGGCCUCCCAACGCAUCAUCAAUGAAGCCACGGCCCUUGACUUCAUCCGGAACAACACCACCAUCCCAGUGCCCCGCAUCCUCGAGACCGGAGAAAGCGCUGAUGGCACCUAUCUCACGGUGGAGCGCGCUCCUGGCAUUCAGCUCGACCUAGUCGGGGCCCAGUGCCAUCGCCUACAUUCACGCACCUACGGCCCGCACGAACAUCAGAGCGAGAAAUGCGAGGCCUGUCAAAACAUCGCCAACAGCGUUGCCGCUACCUUCAUCGAGAACACGAUGCUUCCGCAGCUUGCCGCCCUGAGGUCCGACGUCUCCGGCCUCAACGGCGUCGUCAUUCCGCCGCCCUGGGUGACCGAGGUCGAUCGGAGGCCGGAGUGGAAAACCAAGGUCUCAAAGCGCCAGGACUUUGUUUUCUCCCACGGCGACCUGGGUCCGCAGAACCUCCUCUUUGACCCGGCGGCGAUGAAGAUUAGUUCCGUGGUUGAUUGGGAGAAUGCCGGGUUUGAACCCGCGGAAUUUCUCGACCUCUGGGCUGUGGAUACGAACAGCUACUAUGACAUUUAUAGGAACAAGGACUUGCUUGCCAGGCUGAUUGCCCUCCUGGAAUAGGAAGGAUCCCACGCGGAAGAGACAGGGCUGCGACUUUAGAAGGGUUUCUCAUAUCCAUGUCUAUUCGUCGUUAUUUCUUCCUCUUGUGAUUGCUUGACUCAGUCCGGGUCGUUGUGUCGGGGGUGAUUUGCGGCACGCUUGGCUGGCUGUCUGGUAUAACUCGUUCACCGACUAGGCUGUAGUCUUCAAGUCGCUGGGACAGCCCUGAGUGUGAAGAAGCUCGUUCCUGGUCUAAAAACAGAGGUUCGGACUGAUCAGAGAAUUCAAAAUUCAAGCCAGCGGGUAACUUGUCGAUAACGGAGCAGAUUCUUUGAAAGUGCUCAGGAAGCCACAAAUCGUAGACGUUCCGGACAAAGGUGUAUGCUUUCCACCUUUGAUCUCCCUCCUCCGUUGGCGAGAUAUCAAACUUGGUGAUUGGAUGUCG